AUGGCGAAUCAAGGUGCUAAGAAACGCAAGGAAGAGAACGCCCGUCACAUGGCCAGGAUCCGCCAUAUCAUCAUCGCCUGCAACGUUAUUUAUGUAGUAAUUAGGAUGUUAGUCUUUCAUUCUAGCAUCACCUGGAAGCAUUGGAUUGGCCUUGCUGUGACUUCUCUAGCAUAUUAUUUCCCCUAUCAACAGCUUGCUAAAAUGGCGAACCCUAGUUAUGCUGAAGAUGGUGAACUUUUAGAUGGUGGGUUUGAUAUGACUACUGGUGGAGUUUGUGGCUAUUUACACGAUGUUAUCUAUAUAACAAGCUUUGUACAAGUUGCGUCCAUCAUCUCUGGAAAAUUCUGGUACAUAUAUCUUGUGAUACCAGCAUUUGGAGCAUACCAAUCCUUUGGCUUAAUUAAAGGAUUUUUGCCACAAGGUUCAGAGGAGUCGGUUGAAGAUGAAAAGACCCGCAAGAAAAGGGAAAAGCUGGAGAAGAAGGCAUCCAGACCUAAGUUUGUCAAGACAAGAACUAGAUAG